AUGACAGCACAAUAUGAUCUCACUCAAACGCUGCUUGCGUACCUGGACCCCCACCUUGGGUUCCCUUUGCUGUCGCACCUGAGCUCAACCGAUCUCUUUGACAGCAAGGACCUUGCCAAGGCGCAGUACGACCUUGCGAAGCUCACCAACAUGGUGGACUACACGCUGCAAUUCCACAAGCAGGCCUGCCCCAACGAGGCUGAGCCGAAGGAGGUGCUGGAGCGUCGCGACCAGCUGAUCGCCAAGAAUGCCGCGCUGGAGAAGGAGGCCGAAAAGGUGCUCUCGGUCAUCGAGGACCCCAACGUGGCCAACGCGCUGAAGCAGGACAAGGCGCUGAACCUCGAGUGGCUCCAGCAGAACUACAAGCUGACGCUUGAGCAGAUCGACGCACUUUACCACUAUGGCCACUUCCACUACUCGUGCGGCAACUACAAGGAGGCAUCCUCGUACCUAUACCACUACCGCGUGCUCGCGACCGACAACAAGCUCACGGCCUCGUCGCUGUGGGGCAAGCUCGCCUGCGACACGCUCACGGGUGAGUGGGAGCGCGCGAUGGAGGACGUGCGUCUGCUGCGCGAGCACAUUGAUGCGCAGCGCGCCACGACCUCGGCCGUGUCGGGUGCCGGAAAAGAGGUCGCGCACGAGGAGAUCCUGCAGAAGCGCAUCUGGCUCCUGCACUGGAGCCUGUUUGUCUUCUUCAACCACCCCGCGGGCCGCGUCAAGCUCGUUGAGCUCUUUUUGAGCCCCGCGUACCUCGCCACGAUCCAGAUGUCGUGCUACUGGCUGCUGCGCUACCUGGUCGUCGCGCUCGUCAUCACGCGGCGACAGGUGACCCGCGGUUACGUCGUGGAGACGAGCGGCAACCCUGCGGGCCAGCACAGCAACACCUCGUCUACGACGAAGCUGACGACCCAGGCGGCGCUGCGUGAGCUCUCCAAGGUGAUCCAGAUGGAGUCGUACCGCCUCAAGCCUGAUCCCUUUGUCGACUUCUUCCACCACCUCUACCUCGAGCUCGACUUUGACCGUGCGCAGGAGGAGCUCGCCAAGGCCGAGCAGGUCGCCAAGCAGGACUUUUUCCUGCAGGAGCACGCCGACGAGUUCGUGGAGAAUGCGCGCUUCCUCGUGAGCGAGGUGUACUGCCGCAUCCACCAGAACGUCGACAUUGCCGACCUCUCCAAGCGCCUCAACAUGUCCAAGGAGGACGGCGAGAAGUGGAUCGUGACGCUCAUCUGCGAUACCAAGACCGACGCCAAGAUCGAUUUCAAGGAGGGCGUCGUGCGCAUGAACCAGCCGCGGCCGAUCGUAUACCAGUCGGUGAUCGACAAGACGCGCGGCAUCACCUUCCGCACCUCGGCCCUGGCGCAGGCCAUGGACCGCCGCGCGCACCCGCCGCAGGGUGCCGACGGCCGCCGCGGCAAGGGCCAGAACGGCAACAAGGGCCAGGCGCGCCCUGCACAGGACGCCGACGAGACUGCCGAGGCGGCGCCUGCCACCGAGGCAUAG